GUGGUGGAUUUGGGUGAUGGUAGUAGUAUUGAAUAUGUAGUAAUGCUUACUAUCGAGACUAAUCCGCUUACUUUAUUCAGUACGAUACCGGACACCAUGAAGAAAACAACUCGCAGUAUGGACAUCGUUAUUGUUGGUGGUGGUUUGGUCGGAGGAUUAGCUGCUUGUGCUCUUGCUAAACGUGGUCAUCGUAUUCGUGUUUACGAGUAUCGAUCAGAUAUCAGAAUUGAAGAAGCUCGAGGCCAAAGCAUUGAUCUUUCUCUGUCAUAUCGUGGUCGACAAGGACUUAAACUGAUUGAUCUUGAAGACAAAAUUGUUAAUCAUCACGGUAUUUGUAUGCGGGGUAGAAUGCUCCAUGGUACAGAUGGAAGUCUUAAGGAGAUGAUUUAUGACAGCGUGAAAAAAAAUACGCUCUAUUCUGUUAGUCGGAUGUACAUGAAUCAAGUUCUUCUUGACGCUGCUGAUAAAUAUCCAACAGUAACUUUGUUCUUCAAUCAUAAGCUUCUAGAAGCUGAUCUAGAUCUUGGAAAAUUGAAGUUUUCGAAUACAAAAAAACAUGAAAUAAUUGAAGUAGAAGCAGAUUUAAUAAUUGGAGCAGACGGUGCUCAUUCUACAGUACGUAAAAUGAUGUUGAAACGACCUGGUUUUGAUUUUUCACAAACUUAUAUUGAACAUGGUUAUGUUGAGAUUAAUAUUCCGCCGCGAAUGAUUGAUGAAAAUCGUCCUGAACGUGGACAAGAGUUUUGUAUGAGUUCAAAUCAUUUACAUAUUUGGCCACGAGGGACAUUUAUGAUGAUAGCUAUGCCAAAUGAUGAUUAUACAUUUACUGGAAAUAUUUUUGCUCCACUUGAAAUUCUUAAUGGUCUUGAUACACCAAAAAAAGUUAUCGAUUUUUUUAAUAAACAAUUUCCUGAUAUAGUUCCACUUAUUGGCGGUAAUCAAAAACUUAUUGAUAAUUUUUUUAUGGUCAAACCAAAAUCUCUUAUUUCAAUAAAAUGUAAUCCUUAUCAUAUGGGAAAAAGUAUAAUUUUGGGUGAUGCUGCACAUGCAAUGGUACCUUUUUAUGCCCAAGGAAUGAAUGCAGCUUUCGAAGAUAUUCUUAUACUCAAUGAACUAAUGGAUCUUUAUAAUGAAGAUAUGUCACAAGUAUUACCAGCUUUUUCUAAAAAACGAUCUGCUGAUGCUCAUGUCAUUUGUGAUCUUGCAAUGUAUAAUUAUAUUGAAAUGCGAGAGCUUGUAUUAAAAAAAACGUUUCUUUUACGACGUACACUUGAUACAUUUCUUCACAAAAUGUUGCCAAAUAAUUGGUUACCUCUCUACCAUACUGUUCAUUUUACUCGAAUGGGAUUUCGUGAUUGUGUUGAAAAUCGUGCUUGGCAAGAUAAAGUUCUUCAAAGAUGUAUGUGGUUUUUGUUUGCGGCUAUAACAAUUGGUAUUCUCUUUACUUCAUUAAAUACAGCCUACUGGCAUAGAGCAUAAUUUCUUUUAUUAAGUUUUUAUCACUCCCAGGUGAAUCCGAAUUACGGUAAAUUGCCGCAAUUAACCGUAAAAUACGUAAUUUUAGCGGUGAAUUUGCUGUAUUUACGGUAAUUUCAUGAGAUGUGCGGUAAAUUAAGGUAUUUGAUGGCAAAUUACGGUAAAAUACGACAAUUUACUGUAGUGUGCGGCAUUUUUACCACAAGCACCGUAUGCUUUAUUAUUUUCACAGUUAUAUAAAGCAAUACUUCACUCUACGGUAAAAUAACACACCAUUGCCGCAUCUUUUCGUUGAAUUUCCAUUCUCUUACUGCAAAUUUUCGGUAAUUUAUCGCGCUCUUGUCGCAAGUUCACGGUAAAAAUACCGCGAUUUUGCCGUAACAGGGCGGUAAUUUACUUAAAAUACUGUACUCUCUAAAUCUGAAACAGUGUAUAUACACUACUUUUCAGUGGUUUUCACUGUUUCAGAUUUAGAGAGUAUUUUAUCGUAAAAUGCCGUAAUUUACUUAAAAUGGUUCUGUAACAAUUAAAACGAAGACAGUUCAACUACGAUAGUUCAACCGACGACACUUCAACCGAACGACAUUUCAACUGAAAAUAACCUGGACCCUCUUAUUUAGGUGCCCUCUUAUCAGGGAUUUUUUGUCGGUUGAACUGUCUUCGGUUUAAUAGUCGCGGCACCACUUAAAAUACCCUAAUUUACUGUUAUUAUUUCUAAUGCCGUAAAUUGCGGUAAAUGACAGUAAUUACCGCAAUUUUCCGUAAUUCAGAUCCACUAGGGCUGUCCGCUCUAUAAUCAUACUCAUCGUCCUUCAUUAAUAGUUCCACUAAAAAACAUUCCGUACACUGAAAAAUAUAAUCGGUAGUGGCAACCGAUUAAUUUUCGGUAACAGCUACCUAUUUUUCCGGUUGCAGUUAUCGAUUUUUUUUCGGUAGCUGUUACCGAAAUAAUCGGUAGCGUCCACCGAAAAAUAAUCGAUAGCGGCAACUGAUCGCCAAUCAGUAGCUGCUACCGAUUAUUUUUUUCUGUGUACUACUAAUUAAAAAUAAAAAAUCGUACAAUAUUACUGUAGUCUAGAAAUAAUAAUUAUUUUUUCCUUAAUUAAUUAAUUAAAUUUAGUUGUCAUUAAAUUAUAAAUUAUAAAGUAUAAAAUUAAAUUAUAUAUUAAAUUUGAAUUAGUAUUUUAAUAUGAACUAUACCCGAGUCAAAAAACAAAUUCGGAUUUGAGUCUCAAAGUUCUCAAUGAGGUUUUUGAGGAUCAAUUUAGAAUUUUAAGAUUGACAACAGUACAGAAAGUUAUCCUAGUUUAGUCCUCAGAGUAGUAGUUAUAUAUAACCAAUUUUAACACUUUGAGGACUAAACUGGAAUAGCAUAAUCUAGAUUAGAGUCUCAAAAUACUCAAAACAUACAAGAAUAAUUUUAUUCGCAUUUGAACCUCAAAAGUCUCAUUCGACGUAUUCUCUGCCCUCCCUUUUCUAUCUAAAAUUUUCCAAAGUCCGAACUAUAACUUUUCAUUCGUUAAGGAUUUUGAGAUCUUAGUUACAAUUUAAAAUCGAUAAAUUAUUCGCAUUUGGAUCUCAUAGUUCUCAUUAAGGAAUUCGAGUACUAAAGUGGAGUUACUUUCUGGGCGGCAAAUAAAACAUCAAAGGAAUUGAGGCUUUUGAGGACUAAACUAGAAUUUGCUUUUUGACUCGGGCAGGUUCAUCUAGGUCACUUAAUGUCAACUAAGCACUUUUGUACUCAUUUUUUUAUGCAUAUAAAAUAAAAAUGCCUUGAUAAUU